AUAUUUCGUACUUCGUCAAAUAUGCUUUCUUAUCUUUUUCCUCAUCCACUCAUGGCUCUAACCAUACCCAACGGUGGAGGUGGUACUAGUGGAGCUUCAAUCAUCUUCUCCGGCAAUCCCACCAAAAAUCCCAACUACACCCACUUCCCUAUUCGCCGCCACCUUAUCUUCCCUCACUCGUCCAGAAACCUCCACGUGGCAGUGUCUGCCAAGAAGUUUUCCUCCAGAAGCGGAAGGGUCGAUGGCAACAAGAACAGGAGAAGCACCACCACCACCAGGGACCAAGAACUAGAAGAGAUUAAUCGAACGGCUGACCUCCAAAUGGGUCUUCUCGAAAACGCUGCUGCUACUGGCUCAGCCGUUAAUGGCGUUGAUGAUGGAUAUUUCUUGCCCAAGCUUCCGGGUGAGGAAAAGGACUUUUGGGAAGGUGAACAGUGGGAUUGGCUUGGGUUCUUGGUCGAGUACUUGUGGGCUUUCGGCAUAGUUUUUUCGUUAGUUGCUUGUGGGGUUGCCGUUUCCACUUACAAUGAAGGAGCUACCGAUUUCAAGAACACACCUGUAUACAAGGAGUCAGUCCAGUCCCAGGAGCUUUUAGAAGAACCCGAUGCAUCCAAUCCCGAUGUAUUUGAAUCCAACCCAACUGAGGUGGCUCCUAAUUUGGAAUAGCAUACCUGAUGAACAAAUGACUUUUACAACUGGUAUAUGACUGUGGGAUUGUUUUCGGGCUCAAUACCCCUUUACAAUCCCCAGGGGAGGUGAACCAGAGCGAGAGGAAGCCCUCGUAGUCAGUCCCCCCUAGAUUGUUCAGUUGGAGCUGUUGUUACCAUACUGUUGUUUCAAAAACUAUCUGUAUUGUAUAAUCCUACUGAAGGAAACAAUUUAAAAAAGGUAUGUUAAUCAAUUUGUAAAGUGUUGUUUCCAUUGUAAUGUUUAAUACCUUGAUACAGAGAAAGUCUUUAACAUGCAAUUGAGUUAGUAGCAAAUUUGUGAAAA